AUGGCUUCUCAGUUAUUUAUUCCAUUGAUACUUAUAUCAUUAGCACAAUUUGGUAUUAGUAAUCUCAUAAAUUCAUCAAACGUUAAACGCAAUGUUAAAUCAUCGCAUCUUCAAGAUGAAUUUAAUAGUUACGUAAGAUAUUUUCCUAAUCUAUCAAUAGACGGACCUGAAGGAUGGUAUCAAAUGAAUAACGAAGAAAUACGUUCAUUACUUCCGAAUACUAAUGAUUCAAUGUGGUAUGAUAAUCCUAAAUUUCAGGAAAAACCUGAUGCGAUACCUCCAAAAAUAUUAUUACCUCUUUUUGGUUUCAAAAAAUUUCCCAAAAAGUUACAAAAUGGUGAAAGGAAACCAAACAUUGUUGCAUUGGUAACAAGCAUAGAACAUAAACAAUGGGAUGAUACUUGUGAUUCUCAAAGUCAUAAAAUCACAUGA